CACGGCGAGAGCUAAUUUUUGAUUCGUGCCGGUUUUGUAUGUAGUGAGGUCACCGAACGGUUCUAACCGGGGAGUUUUUUUGCCACCCAGACAGCAAAACGGCCGGCAGUUUUCAAGCGGCCGGAAGCGUUUUUUGACAUAAAACAUUUUCAAUUAUCAAGCGGACGGGGCUUGGCGUCAAACAAGCCCGGUCGAAAACUAUCGAUUCGCACUUGAUAAAACGACGCAGGGGAGCUGGCAAAAGGGGCGCCCUUCUGAGGCGCCCACCGCCUUAGUUUCUGGCGAUUUUGGGCGUCCAAAAAGGGGCGCGCAAAAAACGCGCCCAAAAUCAGAACAGCGAAACAGCAUGGCGCGGCCGCGAUUUCGGAGCAUUUUGGGCGGCCGCGAAAGCGGCCGCCUUUUCGCCGGUUUCAGAGCCUGGGAAGCUUUGCAAAAAGCGCCGGCGUGAAAAAUAAAAACGCGAAAAAGAAAAAGCGGCCCGCACGCGCAAAGCCAAUCCGCAUGCUAUGGGCCCGAUUUUUCUUCGCUUUUUGGGCGCCCCCCGUGGCACCCGGAUCGGCCCCAUAGCAUGGGGGCUGGCCUUUGGAAAGGGGCUUUGCAAAUGUGCUGAAAUUUGUGAUGUUUCUCAAGUGACCGCCAUACCGUGCGGCAUAACGUUACUCAGGGCGGUAUGGCGAGCCCAGAAAAAGCAAAGCCGCGGCCAAGGCAGCGGUCGGCAAAAAAACGCCCACGACCUCACUACCCCCGCCCCGGCGGCUAUAUAUGGCAAUGUGAAAUGAUGUCUAUCCCUGUCGCGUAUGUGUUUUCUCAUUCACUUUCACUUUCUGAUUCUGUUUCCUCGUUCAAGGGUCUUGCUUGCCCCGGAGCCGCAAGCACGACCGACAGACCAGAACGUGGCUACGGCCCAGGUGCGUGACCGAAACAAGAUGUCCACGCUAUCAGCAUUUCUAGCGUAGUCCGAGCACUACUCAACGAAGCAGGCUGGCAAGCGUCAUCUGCGGACAGACGGCACCGCAAUCCGAGGUGAGCAGAAGUUCUUCUGGAUCCUGGCCUGAGCCCGCUCGUCCACGACGAUGCCGACCCUAGUGGAACAGAGCCCGGAUUUCGUUCCGAACUUGCCGAGUACGACGGUCUCGGACGACUUCAACUACAACGUAGCCGAUGGCGAGUUCAAGUACCGCAACGACCGAACCCACAAGGGUCUGGUCAAGUGGAAACUCGCAAAAACGGUCCCAGAUAUCGGUGGUACGGGGUGGAGGACGAAACAGGGGCACACGCUAAAAAAUCACAACUUCUACCGAACGCCGCCAAAUUCAAACAAAUGGAAUGAUCCGGUAGGGGGGUUUUUGUUGUAUCUCGCUACUGUAAGUAAAAGUAGUGAUUUGCCCAUGCAAAACACCUUGCAUGAAGACGCAUGUAGACGCAAGACCACUACUUCUUUCUGAGGUUUGCAAAUUGGAAAACUGAUGUCAUACUUGUCUGCAGGUACACGCCGGCUACGAGUCAUGGCGUGCAUUCCACGGUCCCAGGUUAGAGACCAACGCUCGUCUCAUCGAACAAAUGGACAGCAUGGACGACCUCAUUGAAAAUUGGGAAAAGAGAAAAGCGUAUUCAGACUUCCUAAAUUUUCAACACAACGUAAUGCCUGUCGCUUCUAUUUGAAAGCGCAGAUGACAUUCUCACCUCUAUCUUUCAUCGGCGGACGAAGUGCUGCACCCCUUUUCAAUUUUUUGCGCACAUUUCCAUUACAGUUUCGUGAACCGAACCCGAGCCGAGCAGUUGGAUCGGUUUUGGCGGCAAAAGAGGUCACGGAUGCGGCUAGAGCGAGCGACAAGCUGGACGCCGCACUUGCGGGCGAAACGAGAAUUCCAUGACAUAUACGACUCAUUCGACGGAGAUAUCAACUCGUUGCCGUACUGGGCUCUGCGGAAGGUUUUGACCGAAGAAGUGGUUGCCGGGGACCGAAGGGCAAUCGAUAACAUAACAUGUAAAAUUUUAUUUCCUCUUUCGUGCAAAGUUGUCACCACGUCGCUGAGUUUUAAGUUGUUAAGUGCAGUGAUAGAUUCAUCAAAAUCGAAAUCCUUGAUUAAAAGGAACUGCACCAAUAGAAUCGUUGCGCUGUGGGUAAGUACCAGAUUAGUGAAAAUCAACUCGCUGUCUAAUUCCAGAAGAAAAACACGUUUACAGCAAAAUUCAUGCGGGAAGACGCGUUCAAGCGAAUGCUGAAGGCGUGGCGCAACAACCGCAGAAUAGAAAUUAUGUCGGACUUCGCCGACCGCUCGGAGUACAAUCAGAGACUACAACAAAUGGCGGGCCAGCCCACGGCGGAGCGACAGCCGAGAAAGGUUGGCUUUGUAACUUUUGUAUGGCGUGUUUUCCUUGCGUUGGGCACAGCGCAUGAAUGACGGCGACCUACCAGUAGAGAUCCAACCUGGUUUUGUUGUUCUUCAUACCCAUUUUGAUAGUCAUAGUACUAGUGCACAAUGACUUCAUGACACACACAUACAGCACACACGGCCGAUGGUAACCUCGCGACUCAACGAAUUGAGCAAAGCCAAGGAGGAGUUUUCCAGUGCCGAUAUCACCGCACACACGAACUUCAGGAAUUUGCGUAUCUUAUUUCUCCUUUGAUGCAUCGUAUGGGCAAUAGAGAAACUGUACAGCACCGCAUCACGAUAUUUUGGUGAGCGAUGCGCCACAGCAAUAGUAAAUCCACGAGUUUAUUCACUAAAAAUAUAAACUUGAACAAAACCUAACAGCCCUAAUCGACAAUGCGGUGGCGCUCGAGAAGCUGCAACCAGGCAGGGGCAAGAACGAUUCCCUGAUGGUGAAAGAAAAAGUGCUGCAACACGUGCUUUCCGUCCGACACCCCGAGAGACUACACCGGCCCGACAGAAGUUCGUUCCCGUCGCCCGAGCCGCUGCCGACCGAACCGCAAAUGCACGGUGAGUUUAUGUUUUCGCUUUGAUGCCUCGUGAUCAGACACAUUUUCUCAUGUGUUUCGUAGACGAAGUAUUUCAAUGUCGUGUAAAUUUUUCCGUUCGUGGACGAUGUAUUUCGUGUAGAAAAAGGAAACACGACGAGUCAAACUUCGUUUGGUUUUGUACUUUAAUAAAUAAACUGAAAUCAGGUAUAAUGGAGCGAACUCCACUCGCUACCACGCUGCAAAAGGAGUAUCAGCAAGAAUACGAUCGCGGUAUGGUCGACGACGAAAUCGAGCGCAUGACGUCGUGGUACAGAACAGCGAGAAACCCGACCGGAGAGCCAAAGUAAGUAGCGGUUUAGCUUUACAAUGACGGACGAACUACAUUGAUCGCAUUUGCUUGGCAGGUUCGAUUUUUUACACCUUGUGUGAACCUGAAUUCCAAUUGAUUCUUUUUUUGGAAUAAAUCGCACUUAUACCUCACACUACAGACUCUUGCCCGGACUCGAGAUUCACCGUGCGACUGCCCGGUCAGACAUCAAGGAAGUAUACGACGCUCUGGACCGAUUCGAGGCGGAAUUCAAGCCUAUCGAUGUCCUCGGGAACUUUUGGGACACAGCCCCACGGAGACAAACGGGCGAGGUCGAGGACCAACUGGCAGACGAAGAGGCGGCGUACGCGGCGUCGUGACGCUCCUUUUCGGUUCUUGGUGUGCCGGUGUGAGUCGCGGCAAAAAUGUUGUAAAAAUGUAAGAACUUGAUGUUCAUCACAACUUAACAAUCCGAAUAAAUGUCUUGUUUAUGAUAGGUAAUCUUAAUCUACUAGCAAAAGUCUGACACGGCUCGCCGAGCUUGAAAUGUCCGAAUCUUAUCUCAGUUUUACUGUUUUACUUCUAGCGAUGUUUUGGAACAAAUAUCUAUGCAAAAUGAAUUCUGCAAAGAAUGCAACGUUUCCGAAAAAUGCAACCGGGGUUUGCCGUGCAGCCGGCAUGACCAAGCGGAAAACUUGUACCAUACUGAAAGUGAACUUGGGCUAAGCAAGAAGCUAAAG